AUGAACGAGGGCAUCUCAGUUUCGGGAGCCUUCUCCAAUCCAUUCCUCCUCACGUAUCCUAGCUUUGCAGAGCCUCUCACAAUCUUUUGCAAUAAUGCAUUUUCAGCUGUGCGGAGCCGCAUUUCUAAGGACACGGAACCUAAAAGAGAACACGUACUCGCAUUUAUUCUAACCUUUAUCGCCGACUGGAAGAAUCUCACUCCCAUGGAAACUCUUGUGCCGCCAUUUAUUCUGGCUAAAAGUAUGCUCUCUGACAUCUCAGUUGCAUCGUCUCUUGCUAUCCUUCCACGCAUAGAGUCCUUUACACUGGAGUUUCUUAGCGCUCCUAACAUACCGACCUUUAUCACAGUUCUCUACCUGGAGAUGCUGAGGCAGUUUGCUUCUAAUUUAACAGAUGGUGGCACCUUUCCACCUCAAAGCAAACUGCCUGGCUUUCUGGCUCUAAUGCUGGGAGAUGGGCGUCGCAAAGUGGCGUCUCUGGUGCACGAUAUUUUGAGUAUCAUCGUGCGAUAUGAAGUUGAGCUGAUCAAGGAGAAUAUAAAAGUAGCUACCGAUACGUUAGACUCUGAUGCUGAUACGGAUGUUGAUGAGUCCACAAGACAAAAUCUUGACAAUUCAACAAAUUCGCGAACACCAGGCUACUGCAGCAUACAGAUAAUUUCUUCCAUCCUCUCCAUGCUUCUUACAGAAGGUACCACAGCAGUGACCAAGGUUGUUCUAUAUAAUCUCCGUACACAUGACUCAUCUCUAUCUGAUGGGCAGCUUUCUCUCCCCGCAAACCUUGUCUAUGCUGCCUCGGGAGGCCCGGCAGUGUACCAUUCGAAUAAAGAUACGGAAAUGUCAGCAGGGUGCAUGUUGGUUAUUAGACUACUGCAGCUGUUAUUUGCUCCGGAUAUGUCUGCGAGUGCGCUAAACGUGUUGGGAGGAAUCUUAUCAUCGGAUUUGGUGAUUGAUGCAUCCCUUUUGUCGCUUAUUGAAUCGUCGUUCCGUGAACUGCCCAUAGAUAGGGAUAUCGUGAACCGCAUGCUUCUAAUAUAUGAGACUGUUGCAUUUCAUCUUUCAAGGAGAAUCUUAGAGGCAGCAUCAGGCGCUGGCACAUUUCAGGUUAUCGAGCAACUGUUCGACUACUUCGUCAUCUUCUUGAAACAGCUAAAACUGUUCUAUAAAAUGGGAGCCAACCCAGAGGUUGUUCAAAAGUCUCUUUCAUUGAUCUGCAUGUCCGUCUUCACACAUUACGCCAUUGUAACAGGUCGCUUGCUCCCUGCGUUUGAGAAGGCAAUAGGUGCCAUUACUAGUACGAUAGACCCCGUUAACGCAGAGUCAUUUUUCGCAAAGGUUGGUGCAGGAUUUACUGGAAUCGCAGAUGGAUGCUUCCUUGUAAAGCAAAAUGAACAACAAGAGUGUGAGGAGGUUAUUGCUGGUCUCAAAGGACUCUUUACGGCGCUAGUUGCAGGUGCUCGCCAUACGGAGAAUCACACUUGCAUCCUCAUCAUUACCUCAUUCAUCAAGCACAUGGAUCUGCAGUUGGCAUUUAAAGCAUUCAACUGCGGACUAGUAAGUGACGACGGCACCAGUAAGCUGAUGGACCUAGUUCAGACUCCCUCAAGUGCCACUGAUCUGUGGCUUCUUUCCUACUAUUCUAAAUGCAAGUCAGCCUCCCUCUCCUUCAUUUAUACACAUCUGUUUGAAGCAAUCCUCAACCAAUCAGCGUUUAAAAAACUGCAGGCAGGAACGCGUUCAAUUCUUCUUGAUCAGGUCUGGGCCAUAGUCUCAGAGGUAACACGCAAUCCAGUAGUAGACGAUCUUCUUGGAUAUUCACAGGACACCUCAAUAGCUUUGGCUGAAGCCCCUACUAAAACCUCUGUUGAUAUUUUCUGCAGCAUAUUAAUCGAUAACCUAUUCGGAUCAACUGAAGCAGAGCAGCGCGCUCUUCAUGCGUGUGGCUCUGCUAUAGGCAACCUUCUCCGGUUCUUUUCUACGCUACGAGCUAAUGUCACGAAGCUUGUUGAGUCCAUUAUCAAAACAUCAUCCACCUCUCAAGGAGCUGGUCCUACUAGUGAGCUUUCUUCAACUGGCGAUACAUGCACUUUGCUUAUGGAGCUCAUUGCCAAGCCGGAGCCCUUUCAGCUUUCUGCCGCUGUUAUUAAAAACUUGCGUCUCUUUGAGGCUAGUCUUUCAUUUGUUGGAGGAUUCCUGGUUCCAAAGCUGUUAUCUCCUCUUCUGGACCGCAUGCUGGCUGCAGACUCUCCUCCUAACAAUCCCUAUGUAACUUUGUUACCGCUAGCAGUGUCUUUAGCAAAGAAGCCCUUAAUAUCCACCGCCUGUGCUAAUGUCAUCAAGCGAAUUAUUGAUGGCACAGGACCACAGGCCAGCCUUUUUGAUGUCUUCAAUGGUAUUCUCUCUGGAUGUAUUACGGCUACAAACUUCUCUCCUCUCGGUCCCCAGACAGUCCCUGUGUUUCUCGAGCUGGAUUCCAAGCUUUCCACUAUACACACUAUUUCUGCGCAGAAACUGCACUAUAAAAUCUUACGGUUUCUUGUGAAUGCGUCCUCUAAAGACAACCCCGAGCUUUCACAGGCGAUUAUCUCGUCCAUAGAGUCAGCUGGCGCAGAAACCUUCCGGGGUGGUGCAUUGCAGCGCCAUCGCUUUGGACUUUAUGCUGACAUAGUCCGCUCUUCAGAGGUAUUUAAUUUGGAGCCGUCUCACAUUCUUUCGGAGUUUGCACGUGAUAUAUAUCUCUGUCUGAGUGAUAAUAACAUGCGUGUCAGGCACAUGGCAUCAGAAAUGAUUAAGGCAGCGACAGUAAAGGCCUGUAGACAAUGCUGCAACAAUGAGUCGCUUGGCUCGCUGAAGCUGGAUAUUUAUGAGGCUGUUCAGAAGAUCACUGAUUGCCUGCAGCCACCGCAGAACUCUUCUGUUGACGUGUGGGCAAACUAUGCAUAUCUCCUCCAGAUAAUUAUGAUUGGAAUGACAGAAGUUAUCAAAAAGCUUCUUGUUGAAGACUUAAACAUUCUUCUGGAAAAGGGCGUCAACAUCUCUGACUUCAACUGUACCCACCCGCUCUUUAUCACAAUCGCCACUCAGUUACUGGCAGACAUUAGGACUAACCUAUUCCUAGAAAAGCGAAAGGUUGCCUCAACAGACGCGGAGACUGGUGAAGAAACAACAGAAUUCUCUUACAGAUAUACUCUUUCUCUUCCCACUCACUCUGCCAAACGAUUACUGAAUUUCUUCUCCGCCUUUAUAUCAGCAGCAGGACCGUCCGAACUUCUUUCCAUAGCCGAGGAGAUCCCGCGGGUGUUGCUUCGCCUUGUCAUUGGCUCGCUGACUUCUCCAUAUCGGUCCGUCGUCAAAAACAUCCUCUUUCAACUUGGCCUCGCCAUGGGAUACAGUUAUUCCAAGGACCUCUAUGAGGAGGCCUUCAACUUAAUCAUCAAGGACAUGAUGGAGUAUAUAGUUGCUAAUAGUGAAACUCCUAUCCAUAACCUAGACCCAGAAAUACUAGUGGCUAUCCGCGAUGCUGCCGCUGAGGCAUGCGUGUCUGCUAGGCGCAUGGUCUCGGCUGUUCUUUCCAAGCUGAGACACAAGGCCUCUGACCAGAUGAUAGGGAGGUUCACGUUGCCGAAUUACCUGGAUGUUGCUCUAUCAAUUCCUGAGGACAUGCAUGGGCGAAUCAGGUCUUAUGGCGACGAUGAUGCCGACUUCGCGGACAUUUAUAAGCAUAUAAUUGACGGAACCGAAGAGGUAAUAGACCUAGAGGAAAAGCAGCCGUGUCCAGACUCUUCGAAUGAUGCUGACGAUCCUUUCAAAAACAAUAAGAAGUUUGGCAAAUCACUCAACUCGGCGAUGGCGAUGCUUCUUGACGAGACCGUUGAGAGGGAUAGUCUGAGGCCAGAACAUAUACAAAAGCUUACCCAGAUUAAAGAGAACGACGCCAUCUUAAACAGAACAUUAUCUGAAAUUAAGAAGAUUAAUCAGAGAAAGCAGUACAGCAGUGGAAGACUCAAGGUUGUGCACACAGGUCACGAGUUCAGUUCAAAGCGUGCUGGAGGUGAUGUACAAACCGCUAAUAAAGCAGAUCCUUAUGCCUAUCUUCCUCUUCUUACUGGGAAGCAUAUCAGCAAACAAGAUAGAACCCGUCUAAAGGCAGGCAUGACACUCGUUACUCAAAAGCGGACGAGAGACGAGCGUAUUGCAAAGAAGCAGAUGCUCAGUCACGCAGAGAAACGGGCGAUGAUGAAGCAUGGGCACAUCCCGCCAAAUCUUAAAAAUAGAAGACAUAACAGAAAGAAGUAG